GUCCAAAGCGCGCGCAUACACACAAGAUGUCCACUCAGCCCCUCCUGCAGCGCACGGCCGGCAAGCGCAUUGCGCUGCCCGUGCGCGUCGAGCCCAAGGUCUUCUUCGCCAACGAGCGUACCUUCCUCUCAUGGCUCAACUUCACCGUGACGCUCUCGGCGCUCGCCGCGGGCCUGCUCAACUUCGGCGACCAGGUGGGCCGCAUCAGCGCGGCCAUGUUCUCGUUUGUCGCCAUGGCCAUCAUGGUGUACGCGCUCGUCACGUACCACUGGCGUGCGUCUGCGAUCCGCAACCGCGGCACGGGCCCUUACGAUGACCGUCUUGGCCCGACGAUGCUCUCCGUGCUCCUCAUGAUCGCCGUCAUUGUCAACUUCGUCCUGCGCUACCGGGACGACUAGGCGUUGUUUGCUUGCCUCGCUCCAACCUCUCGCCUUUUCCUUCCUUGUCUGCUAUUCAGCGAGCGCCGUACAACCCGAAUGCAACUUUUCGUCUCGCAUCUCUCUCUCUUUCCUCACUCAUCAGACUCUUUUUGCCCCUUUCCUCUUCCCAGUGUACUCGAAGACUGAAAGCUGUGGUCAAUCGCAACUCGUCGCUAG